AAAGAUGGCAGAUUCCACUACUGGUAAACGGGAUUGGUAUAUUGCAAAACUUGAAGAGGAACCUGAAGAAAUAGAGACCUUAGCCUCAAAGAAGAAACCUAGGUCAGAUGAUCAUGUGAGCAGCAGUUGCAUUGAUUCUGUUUCAGGGCUUGUUAUGCCAAGGCCAGACUGUGAAGUUACUUGUAAGGUCGCAUCCUCUUCAUCCCAGUCGGUUACAUCUGUAAGCAUUUUACAGCAUGAAGCAUCAUCCAGUUCCUUACCCUCUUUAGGUUUGAAGCCUGAAGGUUGCCUUGCAACAGUGACUCUUCACACUGAAGAGGUAGGUAAAAGUGAGAGCUUGCAAGAAGCUGUUUGCCGAGAAGGAAAAGAAGAAGGAGUUGUAAAAUUACCUUGUGAAGACCAAACUGAAGAUGCAGGAGACAGACAGGACGUAUCAAGUGAAAGGUCACAGAAGACACAAGUUCUUGUCGGACUGAAAGAGACUGAUGUAGGCAUUGUAGAGUAUAUGUCUGAUCAUGAAGGUGUCCCUGGAAUUCUGAAGCAGAGGUACCGGGACUUCCUUGUAAAUGAGAUCGAUGAGCAGGGUCAGGUUAUUCGACUUACUGAUAUGAAAUGCCCAGAGAAAAAAUCAAUUCUCCCAUUUGACCAUAAUGAAGUGUUGAGCAAAGAAGACCAAGAGAAACUGUCUGCACUGAAUGUAGAUCAAGACAAGAAAGCUGAAUAUGCUUUCCAGGUCACAGAUGAUAAAGAGCAGCGCACUAAAGUUCACCAGGCCAUCAGACAUCUAUUCCCAAAGCUUGAUAGCAGUACAGUGGAAGAAGGAGGCAAGAAGAUGGUUAAGGUUGUCAAGGGUAGUGGAGGUAAGUUAUUUUAUCAUAUUCAGGAUUUCAAUACUUGGCUAACCUUUUACCAGGGCAUCAGACAUUUGUUCUCAAAGCUUGAUAGCAUUAUGGUAAAAGUAAAUGGCAGGAAGAUGGUUAAGGUUUUCCAAGUGUAG